GAGCUGCUCCGAGGAGCUGCAUCCAUCCCUGCAGCCCCCGCGUUUCGCCGGGGACAGGGUCGGUGUCUCCGGUGACUUGGCUCAGAGGAAGCGUGGAAGCGCCGGUGCCACAGCUGCUGGGGAUUUUCUGCCUGGCUGGGAUGAGUCGCUCUUUGUAGCCAGAAAACCCCGCAAAACACGGAUUAUUUUCUCUCUCUUGAUCACUGCAGCAAACUUGGUGUUGCACCAGACUGUAGAGCGCAUCCACGUGGGCAAGAAGUAUGGAGACAUCCCUCGAGGCAUCUUUGUCGUGAGAGGCGAGAACGUUGUUCUGCUGGGGGAGAUAGACCUGGAGAAGGAGAGCGACACGCCGCUGCAGCAGGUCUCCAUCGAGGAGAUCCUGGAGGAGCAGCGCGUGGAGCAGCAAGCCAAGCAGGAGUCGGAGAAGCUGAAGGUGCAGGCGCUGAAGGAGCGUGGGCUCUCGGUGCCGCGGGCGGGGAUGAGUACUAGACCCACCGCGCCUGGGGCCGGGGCUCCGCAGCAGAGCGAGGGGCGCACCGUGAUCCGCCUGG